AUGCUGACCAUGCUGGCCAUACCUCUGGCCCUUCCUGCCUCCGCAGAGAGGGUCCUGGGGGCCUACAUCUUCGCCCGUCACGGGGACCGUACGGCCAAGGUGUUGAAGAACACCGAACUCACCGAGUUGGGCUAUAACGAGGUCUUCGACACCGGCAGCUACUACCGGACCCGAUACAUUCACGCCAACUCGUCCCAGCACAUCCAGGGAAUCAACGAGAACCUGGUCAAGCUCAGCCAGAUCAGCGCCUCGUCGCCAUCGGACGACGUGCUGCAGAACUCCGCCACUGCAUUCCUGCAAGCCAUCUAUCCGCCGGCAGGCAAGGCAUCGAACGAGGUCCUGGCCGAUGGAACCACCGUGCAGGGGCCCUUGGAUGGGUACCAGCUGAUCCCCGUGGCGACGACCAGCUCGGGGUCCAACAGUGAGGACACGGCCUGGCUGCAGAGCUCCACCGACUGCCGCAAAGCUGAGGUCAGCAGCAACAACUACUACUCCUCUGAGUUGUACUCCUCGCUGCUCCAGUCCACCAAGAGCGUCUAUUACUCCAUAUCAUUCCUGCUGAAUGGAACGUUUAACGAGUCGGCCAUGACAUUCAAGAAUGCGUACAGCAUCUUCGAUUAUCUCAAGGUCGGAUCCAUUCACAACACCACUAAGGGCGCAACGGAUGACGAACUCCAUCAGCUGUACCUGCUGGCCAACAUUGAGCAGUAUAACUUGGCCUACAACUCGUCUGAAACUGUCCGCGCCAUUGCAGGUGCCCGAUUAGCGGGAGACGUGCUGCAGAGCCUGAACAAGACCGUCACAUCCCAGGGGAAGACCAAACUCGGCAUUCAGUUUGGCUCGUACGGAACGUUCCUCUCGUACUUUGGCCUGGCUCAAUUGCCUGCGACGAGCGACAACUUCACCGGCAUCCCGGAUUAUGCAUCGACGAUGGCCUGGGAGCUGGUGACCAACUCCACCACCGAAUUCCCUUCGCCGUCGGAGCUCCGCGUGCGGUUUGUCUUCCACAACGGCACGAUCAGCGGCUCGGACGCGCCGACGGAAUACCCGCUCUAUGGCCAAUCGAACGGCACGAUCUCCUGGUCCGACUUUGUCUCCCAGACGAAGAAGAUCGCCGUGACCUCGACGGCGCAGUGGUGCCAAAUGUGCGGAAACACCGCCGGACAAUGCGCAGUGUACUCGAACAGCACCGGCCCAGCGUCCACGACGGGCACCGCCCCUGCGGAGACCACGGCGAGCGAGCACGGGGUCUCGAGGCCCGUGGCUGGUGCGAUCGGGGCGAUGGUCACUCUGGCGGUGGUACUGGGGGUGGAGGCGCUGGUGCUAUUCCUGGGAAGGCUCCAGAUUCGCAAGCAGCGGGAAGACGCAGAGGAUGAGGCUGACGAGGAGAAUAAGACGUCUUAG